AUGCUGAAGCUGGAGAGAAUCGGAGGAAGCGCACGCGGUCAUAUUGAACAUACCACACAAACAUCAAGACAAGCAAAGCACACCACACCACAUCACCAACAGCACACUACUCCACACCACACCACACCACACCACACCACACCACACCACAACAUGGCGAGCAUGAAGCUCAAGCUCAUCCACCUCCGCCACCGCCUCCGCCUCCUCUGCUGCUUCGGAGUGCGUGAGGACGACCUGGUCGCCCCAAUGGGCACCGACCCUCGCGUCCGCGGCAAGCUGGCGAAGCACUACCGCGACAACGGCAUCACCUCGCCACCACCACCAACCCUCAAGGGUGGCUCGCGCCACUAG